AUGGAGGCCUUGUUCUUUAACGUCUCUGGAGGGUUCCUUGAAGGGGUGUUGCGAGGAUACAAGGCAGGACUGCUCACUCAAAGUCACUACGCCAACCUGACGCAAUGUGAAUCGCUAGAGGACUUCAGGAUGCAGCUUGCUGCCACAGACUAUGGAAACUUCCUCGCCAACGAGCCACUUCCUAUCUCGACCUCGACUAUCGCAGAAAAGGCCACCCAGGUCUUGGUGGAUCAAUUCAAUUACCUACGAAAUAACGCUGUUGAACCCCUGAGCAAGUUCUUGGAGUAUAUGACUUACGCCUAUAUGAUCGACAAUGUCGUGUUGCUAAUUACUGGAACUUUACACGAGAGAAACACGAACGAACUGUUGCAAAGAUGUCAUCCCCUCGGUGUAUUUGAUACCAUGCCUGCUUUGUGCGUCGCAACGACUGUGGAGGAGUUGUACCAGACCGUGCUAGUCGAAACACCACUUGCCCCUUACUUCCGGGACUGUCUCUCUGCCUCAGAUCUAGACGACCUGAACAUUGAAAUUAUCCGCAACACCCUCUAUAAAGCCUACUUAGAAGACUUCCACGCCUUUACUCAAACCAUUGGUGGCCCCACAGCCGAAGUGAUGGACCGGAUCCUCAGCUUUGAAGCUGACCGUCGCACAAUCAAUAUUACUAUCAACUCGUUCGGUACCGAUUUGUCCAAGGAACAGCGCGCCAAGUUAUUCCCGACGAUUGGCAGACUGUUCCCAGCCGGAAACAACCAGCUUGCCAAAGCGGACGAGGUUGAAGCUGUGAAAGCGGUGUGUGAUUACGUUCCCCAGUACCGAUCGUUCUUCGAACCGGGUACGGGUGGACGGGCGGAUGAUGAUGGCGCAGCUUCGUUGGAGGAUAGGUUCUUCGCGACCGAAGUGCACCUGAACAAGUUAUCGUUUUUACAGCAAUUCCAAUACGGCGUGUUUUACAGCUAUAUCAAGCUAAAGGAGCAAGAGAUCCGGAGCAUAACGUGGAUUGCCGAGUGUAUUGCCCAGGACGCGCGUGAUAGAAUCCAGGACUUUAUUCCUACCUUCUAG